AUGAAGACGUCCACGAACCACGAACAUCACAAUGACACUUCGGACAUCCUACACCACAUGUAAGACAACAUAUUUUGAUUCUCUUAAGAAUUUAUACCCAGUUCUGUGGUUCAAGUCGGAGUCGAGGAUCUGGGCACUAAAUUAACGGUCAGUAUAUAUGAAUUUUGUAAUAGAUUCAUGAUUUCUCGCUUAUUAGAUAGGUUUCGCGGCAACAGGAGUUGUUAUUGGUUUGCUGCUUUUGAUACUUCUAAUCCAAUGCUGCGAUCGAUACAAGAAAACCAAACAGCAGAAAGUUUUAUUCAUUUUUGAACGUCUUGAAAAUGGCUAUAUCAAGGUCCCGUCGGCCAUCGUGAUCCAACCAAACAGCGGCAUUACUGCCGAGCCGAAAAAGAGUGAGGCCAGCGAGAAGAGCGUCAAAUGCCCUGGAAAGAAGUGAGCAGAAUAGUUGCUUCCAUCGUAAAAUAUAUUGUUUCAACAGACAAAGCGAUCUGUUGAGUCUUCCUUCGAAGAACAUGAAGGUCAAAGUUCACAUCACUGCUGACACUAAGGAAGAGAUCCCCGAGAGCUCGAACAGCUCGAAAAAACCCAAGAAGAAAUCGGUACUUCAUAUGUACCAAUCUUGAAAUUGAAUUGUUAAGGAUAUCUUGCCUCUCUCCGCAAACUCGAAGCUCGAGCGCAAGAAUUACGACUAUCCUUAUCUGCCGAGCAAGGAUAGUGGUAUCCCGGACAAGGAGAAAGAAGUUGUCGACAGCAAGGAACCUCCGUCUUCUGAAUAUGCUGACGUGCCGUCACAGAAAAGCGAUAAAACAACCAAAAGCAAAAGCACAGCAGUCCCGGAGACUCGCAUAAAAUCGGUUCGACUUUUUUUUGAGCAUUUAUUUCAGUAGAAGUUUCAGAAGACAGCCUCGCCCGCUAACAACACUUCCGGAAGUACCAGCUUCACUAUGGCUGGUGCGAAAAGCGCCACUCCAAGCAUAGUAACACCUACAACGGUUACGGGAAACACCCAAAGCGUCAACACCGGUCUGUCUGCGAGCUCUCAAAACCAAGCAGCCGUCCGAAGUGCAAAAUUUUGUUCCUGACGUUCGCAAUAAUAUACCUGGAAAGACUCCUGCUUCUACCCCUGUGAUCAACAACGCCACGACCACGCCUCUGUAAUUACAUCAACAAAAAAAAGUUAAUAAUUUUUUUCAGCUCGACUCCGCAAAAAGUUGCGACUUUGACGCCUUCCCCUGCACCUCCGUUCGACCGGCAGUCAAUGUUGGAUCGCACCGGCGGCGCCAUUCCAUUGUCUUUGCCUACCAACUCCACGUCUACUACUGGAACACCACAGAAGGUUCGAGAGGAUUUUCACCCUUAAACUCCUCUCGCUUACUUGUCGCUAUAAAUUUUUCAAAACCUCUCAUUUACAGGUUUGUAUAAAAUUUGACAGUUCUGGGUUAAGAAUUAAGGAACGUCUUCAGUGGCCGACAGGAUCUUGGGUUUGA